AUGUUUGCUCGCAUCUUCGCUCUUGCUUCCCUCGUCGCCUUCGCUCUUGCCGAUCAGUGCGACACCGGCAACAUCCAGUGCUGCGGGAGUUCCACUUCCGUCCAGAACUACAACUCUGCGGCCGAGAUUCUGGGUCUCAUCCCCAUUGUUGCUGAGGUUGCCGGCGACGUCGGCCUCAACUGCAGCCCUAUCAGCGUUGUGGGUACCGGUGCUGGCUGCGAGGCUAACCAGGAGCCUCUGUGCUGCAGCAACAACCAAUACAACGGCCUUGUUAACAUUGGCUGCACGCCCAUCAACCUCAACCUCUAG